AAUCCUUCUUGUCCCCCUCCUGAAUCCCCACAACAAUUCCUCUCAAGUACCCAAAACCCCAAACAAAACCUAGGAUUUUGCAAGCAAUAUCAUGUCUCCUUCAGCUUCAACAAGGUGGUGCCCAACACCAGAGCAACUGAUGAUCUUGGAGGAGAUGUACCGGAGUGGGGUGAGGACGCCGAAUGCGGCUCAAAUACAGCAGAUCACAGCCCACCUCUCCUUGUAUGGCAAGAUAGAGGGCAAGAAUGUGUUCUACUGGUUCCAGAACCACAAGGCCAGGGACAGACAGAAGCUCAGGAGGAAGCUCUCAAAGCAACUCCACCACCACCACUGCCAACUUAACACCAGCCUCCUUUGUAAUCAUCACCAUCAUCCUCACUAUGAUCACCAACACAUGAUGAUGAAUAACCACCACAACUAUCACUUCCUGAGCUUCCUUCAUCCUCAGUCCCUUCCUCCUCCUCCAGCUGCUUCUAAUGACCUGCAACUUGCUUAUUAUAACCCUACUUCUAGCUUGAUUCCCCAGGGAGGAUUUGGUGGUGCAACAACGCAGGUGAUGAGUACUAACAAAUGGACGACAGAAAUGUUGGAGAAGACGACGGUGGAGAUGGAGAGGCUGUCCAAGAAAAUGUACGGCGACGACCACAAACCGAUGACCACAGUGGCAGAAGUGGGUUCGACCCUCCCCGGCCGUCUCUCCAGACCAUCCCUCAAAACUCUAGACCUCUUCCCAACCACGGCCACCAAUCUCAAGGAAGAGCGGAACAACCUCGAGCUGAGCAUCUAA